AGCAGUAGAAAGGAGUAACUAUCAGAGGUUGUACGCUUGGGUUCAUGUCAUUUUGUUGUUGUUUCUUACUUCAACGAACGCAGCAAGUCGUAAUAAAAACACCUUCCGCCGAGUGAACAAGGUGGAGAAAGAAAUGCGGGGAGCGACAGAAUGGCAGCCGGGGACAAAUUAACGGAGCGGCUGUCGACGACUGGAAAUUGUAGCAUAGCUAGCUAAUGCGGAGCCGACUUCUGGACUUCACGCCGACCUGAGUUCAUUUGCGGGGAACUCAGAGCAGCAACACAUUGCAACAAGCUGGUUUUUCAGUAAAGAGCACAUGGCCUUUAUUCUGCUGACAGACAUGGACCCUCUUUCUUCCAACCCGACAACAGUUGACAGCUUAUCCACGGACCCUGACCCCAAGCAGGAAAUAAAGGCAGUUACUUUAACUCUUCACCUUUACCACCUGGGAAAGACUGAAGGACGGGGCACCUGCUCAGACGACACCCUCACAUUUCCACCGGGAGAGUAUGUAGCAGAGGAACUGUGCAUCACUGCUGCCAAAGCUUGUGGAAUUAGCCCGGUGUACUGCAGCUUGUUUUGUCUGAUGAGGGAAAAUGACCGAAUUUAUUUUCCUCCUAAUCACGUCUUCAAACUGCACAACUCAGCCAGUGAAAACCUGCUCUUCAGAAUCAGAUACUAUUUUCCAGGCUGGUAUAACAGCAGUAGCUCCUUCUACGCCCAUCGUUACGGCUUGUCCAAAGAGAUGGAAAGCCCGGUAAUGGACGACUGUGUCAUGGCCUACCUGUUUGCUCAGUGGCGCAGUGACUUUUUAAAUGGCUGGGUUCAUAUUCCGGUCAGCCACGAAGCUCAGGAGGAGUGCCUGGGCAUGGCUGUUCUCGACAUGAUGAGGCUCGCUAAAGAGAGUGACCUGUCAGCGGUGGAUAUCUACAAUGAUACCAGCUACAAGUCCUUCCUCCCCAGAUGCAUGAGGGACCGCAUCCAAGAGUAUAACCUGCUGACCCGGAAGAGGAUCCGCUACCGCUUCCGACGGUUCAUCCAGCAGUUCAGUGAGUGCAAAGCCACUGUAUGCAACCUGAAGCUCAAAUACCUGAUGAACCUGGAGAUGCUGCUGCCCUCUGUGUACUCUGAGCGCUUCCAAGUGACUGACCUGUCCUCGCGAGAGGUUACCAUCGUGGUGAUGGGCAACAAGGGCAUCCUUUGGUCUAAAGGAAAAGGAGAGGAGGGAGCAGAGGAGGAGCUGGAGUUAUAUUGUGAUUUCCCAGAGGUGAUCGACAUCAGCAUCAAACAGGGCAGCAAGGAAGGCUCAGCAGAAAGUCGCAUCGUUUCCCUCACCAGACAGGACAAUCAGAUCUUGGAGCUGGAGUUCCAGUUGCUCUCCGAGGCCCUGUCUUUUGUUUCUCUGGUUGAUGGAUAUUACCGACUGGUCGCUGACGCCCAUCACUACCUGUGUAAAGAAGUUGCCCCAUCGAGACUUCUCGAGUGCAUUCAGAGUUACUGCCAUGGCCCUGUAUCGAUGGAGUUCACAAUUAGCAAGCUGCGUCGUUUGGGUAACUAUCAGGGCCUCUACAUCCUACGCUGCAGCCCCCGAGAGUAUGACAAAUUCUUCAUGUCCUUUGUUGUUGGGUAUGAAACCAUGGUGGAUUAUAAGCACUGUCAGAUUGUGAAGACAGAGUCGGGAGAGUUCAUCCUGAGCGGCGCCAAAAGAAGCUUUGGUUCUCUGAAAGAACUCAUGCAUUGCUACCAAAAGGAGGCGCUUCGCACCGAUGGGUACACUUUCCAGCUCAUCAGGUGCUGUCCACCCAGUCAGAAAGAUAAAUCCAACCUGCUGGUGUGCAGAAAUAACCAAAGCACAGAUGUCCCUCCGUCUCCAUCACUUCACAAACACAUCAACCAGAUGGUUUUCCACAAAAUCCGCAAAGAAGACCUUGUCUUUAAUGAAAGUCUGGGCCAAGGAACGUUUACGAAGCUCUUUCGCGGUGUGAGGAAGGAACUGGGUGAUUACGGGGAGGUUCACCAGAUGGACGUGGCGGUCAAGAUUCUGGACAAGGCUCAUCGUAGUUUUUCAGAGUCCUUCUUUGAGGCCGCCAGCAUGAUGAGCCAGCUGUCCCACAAGCACUUACUCCUCAUUUAUGGUGUGUGUGUUUGUGGCGACGAAAACAUGAUGGUGCAGGAAUAUGGAAAGUUUGGCUCUCUGGAUAUUUAUCUGAAAAAGAAGAAAAACUGCAUCAACAUCACCUGGAAGCUAGAAGUGGCCAAACAGUUAGCCUGGGCUAUGCAUUACCUGGAGGAUAAAAGUGUAGUUCAUGGGAAUGUUUGUGCCAAAAACAUUCUGCUGAUCAGAGAGGAGGACCGGAAGACGGGCAGCCUGCCUUUCAUCAAGCUCAGUGAUCCUGGUAUCAGCAUCACCGUUCUGCCCAGAGAAGUUCUGGUGGAGCAUAUCCCGUGGGUGCCCCCCGAGUGCAUCGAAAACCCGCAGAAUCUGAGCUUAGCAACCGACAAGUGGGGCUUCGGAACGACGCUUUGGGAGAUCUGCAGCGGGGGAGAAAAACCGCUCAGCACCCUGGACUCCUCAAAGAAGAACCUGUUCUAUGAGGACAGACACCAGCUGCCGGCUCCGAAGUGGACUGAGUUGGCCAACCUGAUAAACAGCUGCAUGGACUACGAGCCUUUACACCGACCCUCCUUCAGGACGAUCAUCAGAGACCUCAACAGUCUUUUCACUCCAGAUUAUGAGCUGCUGGUGGAGAGUGACAUGGUGCCCAACAGGACCCGAGGGUUUGGCUUCCCGUGGGCCUCAGUGAGCCAGGAGCCAGCGCAGUUUGAGGAGAGACACUUGAUCUUCCUCAAGCAGCUGGGCAAAGGCAACUUUGGCAGCGUGGAGAUGUGCCGGUACGACCCGCUGCAGGACAGCACCGGGGAGGUGGUGGCUGUGAAGAAGCUUCAGCACAGCACGGCUGAGCACCUCCGGGACUUUGAGCGGGAAAUCGAAAUCCUCAAAUCGCUUCACCAUGAGAACAUUGUUAAAUACAAAGGAGUGUGCUACAGUGCAGGAAGAAGAAACCUUCGUCUCAUCAUGGAGUACCUCCCCUUCGGCAGCUUGAGAGAUUAUCUCAUCAAACACAAGGACCGCAUGGAUUCCAUGAAACUGCUUCACUACGCGUCGCAGAUAUGCAAGGGCAUGGACUACCUCGGUGGGAAGCGUUACAUUCACAGAGACCUGGCCACCAGGAACAUUCUGGUGGAGAGCGAGAUGAGGGUGAAGAUCGGCGAUUUUGGCCUAACCAAAGUGCUGCCACAGGACAAGGAGUACUACACUGUCAGGGAGCCUGGGGAGAGCCCCAUCUUCUGGUAUGCCCCCGAGUCGCUGACAGAGAGCAAGUUCUCAGUAGCAUCAGACGUUUGGAGCUUCGGCGUUGUUCUGUAUGAGCUCUUUACCUACAGUGACAAGAACUGCAGCCCCCCAGCGGUUUUCAUGGAGAAGAUGGGAAAUGAAAAGCAGGGCCAGAUGAUCGUCUACCAUUUGAUCGACCUGCUGAAACAGGGAUACAGACUCCCUGCUCCUGAAAACUGCCUAAAGGAGAUUCACAAGAUCAUGAUGGAGUGCUGGAGCAGUGACCCGAAACUGCGGCCCACAUUCAAGGCCCUGAUCCAGCAGGUGGAGACCGUGCGGGAGAGCAAGGACGGAUGAGACGGACGCAGCGAAUUCCUGAACUGUUGUCUCGCCGGUGUUGACGCGCGCAAGUCAGUCGUUACACAACGUCCAGAGUUACCAAAUGGAGUUUAGGUGGUGGCUGUAUUCACACUCGUGGCAGCUCGACCGCUUCAUGAAGAAAAGACUGAAAUGACGAGUACACUACAGCUAACUCAAAAGAUUUCCUCUGAUGUUUUUGAGUACAAUUCUACGUUUUUUUGUUUUGUUUUGGUAUUUACAAUCCAAACUGCAUUCCGAACAGACUUUCAGCCACGUGGCUGCACUUGAAAUCACGAGGAAACCGAGAACUUCCAGUUCUUCGCCAGAGUCGGUGCUAGAGUCGAUCUUUAAGUGGUUCUGCCUUGCUUUUCCACCACUAUAAACAUCUCAUCUAAUUGUUGUUUGGUACCUCCAUCUUCUGAGAAUGUAGGCAAUUCAACCAUACAAAUAGAAUUUAUCCAAGUAUGACUGCAAACAAAUGCCCCAAUAUAACCAACUGGGUUUAUUAACACUUCUAAGAAAAAAAAAAACAGAGCUUUUUGAAUGCCUGAUCUAACACAGCUGUUAGAGAAAUAUUUAUUAACACCACCUGUGUUGAAGAACUGAGUCAGAAAGGAGAACAAUCAGCUCUGACCACAGCCAUAAACCGGCUUACUUAAACUCUGAGAUGGAUCAGAGUUUUUGCAAGAUAAAGCGACUUGCAAAAGUAUUUACACCCUGAGAAGUUUAACAAACAUGUGAAGGCUUCACCAACAGCUGCAUUAAUACAGUUUAAAUCUUGCACAGGCGGACUGGAUUAGUAAUGAGGUGAGUUCUACAGGGAAUUACCGAACCGAACCGCACAUUAACCGGUUAGUGCACGACUUGCCAGUGGAAAAUCACCUAUGGUGAAUCUGGGUAGGCAGUUAGAGAUUAGGGAGAUGGCAGAUAGGCCUUCCAACCUCAAAGACUUGGAGCUCAUCACAAAACGUAAAACAUCAAAGACCAGUGGAAAGAUGAAAAAUCUGCCCUGUAAUUACAGGAAGAGCUGAACUGCCUUUGUGCCAAGCAAGAUUUUUUCCACUGAUUGUUGAGAAAAGUAUAGUUUUCAAUAAAUAAUGGAAGUUGUGAAGUGACAAAAUUUAAAAAGACUUUAGGGGUAGGGAUAAUUUUACGUGGCACCGUAAGUCAUACACUUUGCAUGGUGGAAAAAAAAAGAUUUUAAUAUCAAAGAUGUUGACUUUUUAAAUGUUUGCAUCUUUUUAUUAAAAAUGUAGUUUAACAAACACGAAUGCUCAACAAGUAAAUGCUUUGUGGAGGAAGCAUUGUGUGAGCGAUCAUCAAGUUACACUGUAAUGCCUCUGGAGGUUUUUAUUUUAAUUUACAUAUACUUUUUUUUUUUUAAUGCAUCACACAUUCUGAAUGUUACAAGGCUUCAUUAUCAGCCUAUGAAAAGCUUUAAAAUAAGUGGAUGCCUAUAUUUUGUGCAAGCAAUCAGUUUAUUUAAAGAUUUUUGUGAUUUCUGGUCAGUUAGAUAUGCUGUCUUUUGAUGUGUAUAUUUGCAUUACAUUACCAACCAUAAAUGAGUGGUAAGAAGGGCUGCUUUGUAUUUUUUUUUCUUUGUUUCAUGUCACUAUUUUGGGAAUAUUUAAAGGGGAACUAUUAUGGAAAGUUCACAUUCACACUUCAAUUUGGGUCUCAGCUGCUAGUAAAAAACAGUUCAAGGGAUUUAAAACAAAAAAACACCCAGAAAAUACUUUUUUUUGUAAAUAAGUUCAUGUUUUUUGGUUUCAGGGAAACGAGCCAUUUCAUAAACCUCCCAAUUAUUCAGUCGCAAUCGGUAGGCCCUGCCCUGUUACCUAGCAACCUUAGCAGAGCUCCAGCAUGUUUGGUCAGCUGGUUUUACUGCUGUAUGCGUUAUACAAUGGCUACUAGAAAAGACAAGUGAUUUGUUGUUGACUUAAUGUAUAAUGUAGGAAAGUGUGUGUGUAAACAUUGACUAGGGGGGCGUGGCCAGCAGCAGCUGAUAUGGAUUUAAAGUGACAAGAUGCCAUUUAACAUCUCAUUCUGAAAGGAGCUCCAAAUAAGCAGAAAUGAGCAGACUGCAAUCUCAUCUAAGAAUGAUUUUGUACAAAAAACCCAAAACAAAACAUGUUUUGUAGACAUAGACAUAUCCAAACUUGUUCCAGAAAACAUAAUAGGUCCCCUUUAAGACAAAGUACGAUGGAUAUUGAUGACUGAAGGCUUUAAGGACAAUACGCAUUUUGUGAAAUAUUAAUCUUUAAUAAUUGUUCAACUUUUUCUGCCAUAAAUGACAAACCCUUAUUCAUAUUGUUUUUAUUUAAUUCAGUGCCAUUACUUUGUUAAAAAAUAUUAUAUCUCAAACUGCAAAAAUUCAUAAAACAUGUUGAAAAAUUGGAACUUAAAAGAACAAAAAGAAGUAUUUUGUAGUCAAUUAUGCUUACUUUAUUUAACGCUGUGAAAAAGGGCAUCUUUGUUUCAGUUGUGCAACUUUUACUAAUGAUGAAUUUGUGUUUAUGGUCAUAUAUGUUAAUUUGUACAGCGUGAGUUUAUUUCGUGACCAAAGAUUUUUAUAAAAAGAAACCUUUACACUG